AUGAGACACGAUUAUAAUGCAGAUGCUGAUCGAAUCCAAAAUGCGUGCAAAGGCCUAGGCACGAAAGAAGAUGAUUUGAUUGAAGUGAUCGGCAAACGCAAAUUAGCCGAGCGACACCAAAUUCGGCUAGCCUAUUACUCUAAAUACAAGAAGGACUUGCUAGAAGUAUUGGAUAGUGAACUUAGUGGAGAUUUCGGAAAUCUCACACGUAAUCUCUUCUUGGGUCCAAUCCAAGUUAUGGCCUAUGAUCUCUUCAAGAUAAUCAAGAAGUCUGGAUCAGCAGGAACUAAUGUAAACGAUAUUAUCUGCGUUCUCAGCCCUACUGAGAUUACUGCAUUAAAAGCGGCUUAUGCGGACAUUCUCGCGCAUGAGGGAGUGAAAGAUAAGACACGCACCCUAGAGAAGGAUAUUGAGAAGGAUACAAAAGGUGGACACUGCGACUUUUUACUCAAGUUUAUGAGCAAUUAUCGACCUGAAUUUUCACCCGAGACAGUAAAAUCUGCGGCAUUAUCAGGAAAUUGGGAGGGUCUUGUUGAUAAGAAACAAAUUGAACGAUAUGUUGCCGCCAUCCAUGCUGCUGGUGGAGGAAAAGCUGGCAAAGGCAAUGAGACCGAGGUUACAAGAAUUCUUUGCUCUUGCAGUACAUUAGACAUCAGAGCCAUUUAUGAUCAUUUCAAGGACGUUUACAACGUGUCUCUGGUGGAUUACAUUACAAAGGCCUUCAAAAAUCCCCUUAGAGAUGCUUAUAAUACAGUUAUUAUGACUGCCGUGGAUCUCCGGCUUUUACUCGUUGCUCAGCUCUACAAUUCCAUGCGUGGUUUGGGAACUGACGAACGAGCGCUCUCUCGAAUCAUCUGCAUCCGAUCUGAAAUUGAUCUUCCAUACUUGAAAAUGCUCUAUCAACAAAAAAUAGGCAAAUCGUUGAGCGAAGCAAUUAAAAGUGAUACAUCAGGCGACUACCGUUCUCUACUACUCACUCUUCUGGGGGAAAAAUGA